ACUUUAAUAGGUACACACUGAAAUAAGGAACAGCUGUUAAGACUUGCUUUUUACUUUUAAGCUGUUGGUCAAAAAUAUAUUUUUUGCGAAAAUGUCAAUUAUAUUAAGGCAGAAACUGCCCACACACUGGGUCGUGAAGCAACUUUGUUACAGCACAAGCGCCAAAUCAAGCUCCGAUGCGGCAACUGCCAAAACAAUACCAAAAAAUUUGCUCGAGGAUAAGCAAACGGCAACUUUGCAAAAGGAAAAUGGCGCCGUAUUCGAUAAGCGACCAUUUAAACUGCACUUGGACAAAGACAAGACUUACAGCUGGUGCCUCUGCGGAAAAUCCAAAUCUCAGCCGCUGUGUGAUGGAACGCACAGAAAUGAAUUUCUUAAAAUUAAACUGAGGCCCAUACGUUUCAAAGUGGAGAAAACGGGCGAUUAUUGGCUAUGCAACUGCAAACACACUACGCAUCGUCCCUUCUGCGAUGGCACCCACAAGCAGCAGCACAUUCAAACAGCCGUUAAAUAAAUUAACUUUAUACAUGAAAAGAACAUUUUGUUUAAUGUGUAAUGCAUUUUGUAGUGUGUUUGUCCAAUGAGAAAUGCACGAAGAUAAAUUUUUGAAUUCAAGAAGCAACACUUGUUUU